AUGGCGACCCUGCUCCCUCGCCCAGGCACGCAUGCGUUCCGCCCCUUCACCCAGGAGUCACUGGCGGAGAUUGAGAGGUUCAAGGAGGAAAGAACAAAAGCAGCAGAAGUAGAGGCCCAUGAGGGAGAAGAGCCGGCAUCCCCCAACGCUGAUCUGGAGGCGGGUAAGAACCUGCCCAUGAUCUACGGAGACCCUCCACCGGAGCUGCUCAACACACCUCUGGAGGACCUGGACCCCUUCUACAAAACCCAGAAGACCUUUAUCGUGAUCAGCAAAGGAAACACGAUCUACAGGUUCAAUGCUGAACCAGCCUGCUACAUUCUGAGCCCCUUUAAUUUGCUUAGAAGAGGAGCCAUCAAAAUUCUCAUACAUUCAUUAUUUAGCAUGUUCAUCAUGAUAACGAUUCUAUCGAAUUGUGUGUUCAUGACAAUGAGCAACCCUCCAGCGUGGAGUAAAACUGUUGAAUAUGUUUUUACUGGUAUUUAUACCUUUGAGGCAACAGUGAAAGUGUUGUCCAGGGGAUUCUGUAUUGGAUCUUUUACAUUCCUUCGAGACCCAUGGAACUGGCUGGAUUUCAUGGUGAUCAGCAUGGCAUACAUCACUGAGUUUGUUGACCUUGGCAACGUGUCAGCCCUCAGGACCUUUCGUGUUCUUCGAGCCCUUAAAACAAUUACUGUGAUUCCUGGUUUGAAAACCAUUGUUGGGGCUUUGAUCCAGUCAGUGAAGAAAAUGGUGGAUGUCAUGAUUCUGACCGUCUUUGCCCUCGCUGUGUUUGCCCUUGUUGGCCUUCAGCUUUUCAUGGGAAACCUGCGGCACAAAUGUGUGCGAUGGCCCAUCGACACGAAUGAAACUGCUUCUGGAUUCUUUAACAGCACGGCAGAGUUUAAUGGCACCGUGCUGCUCAACAACACAAGAGUAAACCACACUCUGUAUCAUAACAGUACCUUCAAUUUCCAGGAAUAUAUUGAAAACGCAGAUAAUUACUAUUACUUAGACGGGAGUCUUGAUGCUCUUCUCUGUGGAAACAGUUCUGAUGCUGGGAAGUGCCCGGAGGGAUUCACGUGCAUGAAGACUGGGAGGAACCCCAACUUUGGCUACACCAGCUUUGACUCCUUCGGCUGGGCCUUCCUGGCUCUCUUCCGACUCAUGACCCAAGACUUCUGGGAAAACCUUUUCCAGCUGACCCUGCGAGCGGCUGGGAAAACAUACAUGCUGUUCUUUGUGGUGAUUAUCUUUCUGGGCUCCUUCUACCUCAUCAACCUCAUCCUGGCUGUGGUAGCUAUGGCCUACGAUGAGCAGAAUCAGGCAACACGCCGAGAGGCCAUAGAAAAAGAGGAGGAGUUCCAGCGGCUGCUAGAGCAGCUCAAAAAUCAAGAACAGGCUCAGAUUCUUGGAAGUCGAGCAACUUUAACCAGUAAGAAGUCGCUCAGUCAUCAGACAGCGUCCGAUUUAGCAGAUGAUGAUAAUGAAAAUGAUCAAGACAUCAAGGACUGUAAUGGGAGAGUUGUUCCUCGUCUCAUCGUCAGAGCGCCAACCCUGGUUGAGUCUCGUGCAGAUCAGGAAGUCAGGGAGAAGUCAUUAGGCUCUGUGCACAGCAUGCUUCAUCUGGAUGAACCAGGCCUGACACAGAGAUCUGCCAGUAUUGCUACUGUGCUGACAGCAGCGGCUAUGGAAGAGUUGGAGGAGGCGCAGAGGCCAUGCCCACCUGGUUGGUACAAGUUUGCCGACCUCUUCCUGAAGUGGGACUGCUGCACACCCUGGGUGGUUUUUAAAAAGUGGGUGCACUUUGUAGUGAUGGACCCUUUCGUUGACUUGGCCAUCACCAUCUGCAUUGUGCUCAACACCCUCUUCAUGGCCAUGGAGCACUACCCCAUGACCCCGGAGUUCGACUAUAUGCUCUCAGUGGGGAACCUGGUUUUCACUGGGAUCUUCACAGCAGAAAUGUUCUUCAAGCUCAUCGCCAUGGAUCCCUACUAUUACUUUCAGGUUGGCUGGAACAUUUUUGACAGCAUCAUUGUGACUCUGAGUCUGGUGGAGUUGGGGCUGGCAAAUGUUCAGGGCCUGUCUGUUCUCAGGUCCUUUCGUCUGCUGCGUGUCUUCAAACUGGCCAAGUCCUGGCCCACUCUCAAUAUGUUGAUCAAAAUCAUCGGGAACUCAGUAGGAGCUUUAGGGAACUUGACCUUGGUGCUGGCCAUCAUCGUCUUCAUCUUUGCUGUGGUGGGCAUGCAGCUCUUUGGGAAAAGCUACAAGGACUGUGUGUGCAAAAUCGCCCUGGACUGUGAGCUUCCCCGCUGGCACAUGAACGACUUCUUCCACUCCUUCCUGAUCGUGUUCCGCAUCCUGUGCGGGGAGUGGAUCGAGACCAUGUGGGACUGCAUGGAGGUGGCAGGAGCCGGGAUGUGUUUAGUCGUCUUCAUGAUGGUCAUGGUCAUUGGAAAUCUAGUGGUGUUGAACCUCUUCCUGGCCUUGCUGCUCAACUCCUUCAGUGGAGACAACCUCUCAGCAGGAGAUGAUGACGGAGAGAUGAACAACCUCCAGAUUGCCAUCGGCAGAAUCACACGGGGCAUCAACUGGUUGAAAGCGUUCGCCGUCCGGACGGCCACGCGAUCUCCUGGCAGAAAGUCCGAGGAGCCCGAAGAAGGGCCCAGGGGUGACACCGAGCCUAAAACGGAAGGAAUCGAAAUGAAUCACCUGGAUUCCUGUGAGGAUUACAAAAUAGCAGAUGGAAUACCCAAUUGUUUGGUUGAAGGCCGGCCUUCUGGGUUUAUAGUGGACGGCGAGCAGAGUCUCACUGUGCCGAUCGCCCAGGGAGAAUCAGACUUUGAAUACCUGGGCGAGGACGAUGAGGAUAAUGACAACGUAGAUCACGAUGCCUAUGAUUCAGAGGUUUUAGAUGAUGAAAACAGCCAGCAUAGCAGGCCUGUGGACGAUGGAGAAUCCUCCGUGUGCAGCACGGUGGACUAUCACCCACCUGAGCCUGAAGUGGAAGUGGAAGAAGAGGAGCCGGAGCCGGUGGAGCCAGAGGCCUGCUUCACUGACAACUGUGUGAGCCGCUGGCCGUGUCUGACUGUAGACAUCACCCAAAGCAAAGGCAAGAAAUGGUGGAACCUGCGUCGAACCUGCUUCACAAUUGUGGAGCACGACUGGUUUGAAACCUUUAUAAUCUUCAUGAUUCUCCUCAGCAGCGGCGCUCUGGCCUUUGAAGACAUACACAUAGAAAGACGCCGAAAUAUCAAAAUUAUCCUGGAGUUUGCAGACAAGAUUUUCACGUACAUAUUUGUUGUGGAAAUGCUGCUUAAAUGGGUCGCAUAUGGCUUCAAGACCUACUUCACAAAUGCCUGGUGUUGGUUGGACUUCUUCAUUGUGGAUAUUUCACUGAUUAGUUUAGUGGCCAACUGGAUGGGAUACUCUGACCUUGGACCAAUCAAAUCCCUUAGGACCCUCAGGGCUCUGAGGCCUCUACGAGCAUUGUCAAGAUUUGAAGGGAUGAGGGUGGUGGUUAAUGCUCUUGUCGGGGCGAUUCCUUCCAUCUUCAACGUGCUGCUGGUGUGCUUGAUCUUCUGGCUCAUCUUCAGCAUCAUGGGAGUCAACCUGUUCGCUGGCAAGUUCUACCGCUGCCUCAACACCACGUCAGAGGAGCGCUUCCUCAUGUCAGAGGUCAACAACAGGACCGAAUGCAUGGCCAUCAAAGAAGCUACGCAGGACGCCCGCUGGGCCAACGUCAAGGUUAACUAUGACAACGUGGGACAGGGCUACCUGUCCCUGCUUCAAGUGGCAACUUUUAAAGGAUGGAUGGAUAUCAUGUACGCUGCCGUUGACUCGAGAGAGAUAGGGGAGCAACCUUCUUACGAGAUCAACCUUUACAUGUACAUGUACUUUGUCAUCUUCAUUAUCUUUGGCUCCUUCUUUACACUCAACCUUUUCAUUGGUGUCAUUAUAGACAAUUUCAACCAGCAAAAGAAAAAGUUUGGAGACAAAGACCUGUUUAUGACUGAUGAGCAAAAGAAAUACUAUGAAGCCAUGAAGAAACUUGGUUCCAAGAAGCCACAGAAGCCAAUUCCCCGCCCAACAAACCUAAUCCAGGGAAUGGUGUUUGACUUCAUCAGUCAGCAGUUCUUUGACAUCUUCAUCAUGGUACUCAUCUGCCUUAAUAUGGUGACGAUGAUGGUGGAGACAGAUGACCAGAGCCCAGAAAAGGAAGAUUUCCUCUUUAAAGUGAAUGUGGCUUUCAUUGUUGUCUUCACUGGGGAGUGCGUGUUGAAGCUCUUUGCCUUGCGACAAUACUUCUUCACCAAUGGAUGGAACGUUUUUGAUUUUGUCGUGGUCAUCUUGUCCAUCGCAGGUACAAUGCUCUCAGACCUAAUAGAGAAGUACUUUGUGUCACCGACUCUCUUCAGAGUGAUCAGACUUGCCAGAAUAGGUCGGAUUCUGCGUCUUAUAAAAGGAGCUAAAGGCAUUCGUACACUUCUCUUCGCCCUGAUGAUGUCACUUCCUGCCCUUUUUAACAUUGGGCUCCUGCUCUUCCUCAUCAUGUUCAUUUUCUCCAUAUUCGCCAUGUCAAACUUUGCCUAUGUCAAAAAGGAGGCUGGAAUCGAUGACAUAUUUAACUUUGAAACCUUUGGCGGCAGCAUCAUCUGUUUGUUUCAGAUUACAACAUCAGCCGGCUGGGAUGGACUUUUGCUCCCAAUGCUAAACCGAGAACCUCCAGACUGUGACCCAAACUUUGAGCAUCCGGGCACAGACGUAAGGGGUAACUGCGGCAACCCAGGUAUGGGCAUGAUGUUCUUCUGCAGCUACAUCAUCAUCUCGUUCUUAGUGGUGGUCAACAUGUACAUUGCCAUCAUCUUGGAGAACUUCAAUGUGGCACAAGAGGAGAGUGGUGAUGCGCUCUGUGAGGAAGACUUUGAGAUGUUCAAUGAGACUUGGGAGAAGUUUGACGUGGAUGGAACUCAGUUCAUAGAGUAUGUCCAUCUCUCAGAUUUCUGUGAUGCUCUACAGGAGCCGCUGAGGGUUGCAAAGCCUAACCGGCUUCGCCUAAUUGAAAUGGACCUGCCUCUGGUUAUCGGGGACAGGAUUCAUUGUCUGGAUGUCUUGUUGGCUGUCACACAGAUGGUGCUGGGUGACACCGUGGAGAUGGCAGCAAUGCGGGAGAGCAUAGAGGCCAAGUUCAUCUUGAGCAACCCCACGUCAGCCUCCUUUGCACCCAUUACCACAACAGUGCGCCACCGAGAAGAGGAGUGUGCUGCUGUAGUUAUACAGAGAGCUUACCGCAAGCAUCUCCUGAAACGCUGCAUACACCACGCUGCGUUCAUGCACCGCUGUAGGAGGAUAGGCAGAAAGGACGAAGGUGAAGCUCCACAAGAAAAUGAAGGGCUGCUUGGCCGAAAGCUGGGAGUGCUCUACGGGAGCAACCAGGACUUGGCAGAAGAGAUGGAGAAGGCUGCUUUAGAAACUCUAGUAAGACAACAGCUGCUUAAUCCAGAGACAGUGACCCACGAUACAGGAGCAUCGUGUGGUCCAGAACCACCUGAGCCAAACAUCAUAGUUGUACCUGUAGAAAUUACUAAUGAGGUUUUAUUACACACUGCCCCCAGCCAACUUCUUUUGCCCCUGCAGGCAAACUUGAAGGAGUCGAUUGUAUAACAAACAGCAAAUGAAACUUUAAAUGUCUCCCCCCUGUUCCUUUUCUCCAUAAUGAGGACAUCACACAGUGCUAAAAAAAUUUUAAACUGCCUUUAUUUAUGAUCAUUAUACCAAAAAAGGAGAUUGCUUUUUAUGAUAAAUUAAUUCUCUUUUUUGGUUAAAGAACUAGAAAAUGGAGUACACACACUUAUCCAACAGAAACCUCUAAUUGGCUGUUUUAAAUCAGACAAUAAAAUAAAAAAUCCCUGUUUUGUUCUAAGAUAAAACAUCUUUGUGGACCAAAAUCUGUGUUGUGACAGAUUUCUACUACAGAAAACGAACCUGAACAAAACAAACAAACAGAAUGAGGUUGUUUCACUAAAACUAAUCUAAAACUAUUCAACAUAACUGGGUUUUGCUCUGAUUGCCUCAUUAACAGAUGGUGGCCAGGGGAUUUAAAGUUCAGAUAUGGCAGAAAUAUUAAUAAGGAAAAAUAACUUUCUUUGUAUGGAAAAAAACAUGUACACUAAUUUCCAACCUAACGACACCUUUAAAAUCAUGAGAAACAGAAAUAUCCCUUUUCUUCAAAGACAUUUUACUGCUGCUUUCUUAAAGAGCGAUUCAUUCAGUUAGACCUCUAAAUAAUUUUGUAUUGUGAAAUACAUUUUGUACAUAUGUUCAUUUACAACCCCCUGUUAGUAGCAUGGGCCACUAAUGCAGUUCUGUCCCUGACUGGCCCAGUUUAUAUUGCACUAUUUAUAUCCCUUCCAGGUUUAGUUCAAACUUUAAACUGUAAGACUACAAGCUUCCUGUCAGCACCGAUAUCUGCAUGUUUUAUAAAUGCCUUGUCUGUCUUUGGCCUCGGAGCUUAGAAAUGUGUCAUCAUUCAGGUUUUUACGUCAUCUGUGAAAAUGUGUUUACAUUACCUUGGUUGAGUAGAACUGCAAAUUAUAAAAUUGCUAUACACUUUCAAUAUGUUUUGCCUCAGGUUGGAUCAAGUGAAGAUGUGUUAACUUGAUUUUAAACUAAAUCAGAAUAUGAAUUAGCUUUUUUAUUUUAGCAGUGGCUCCAAUAUCAGUAUAGCUUAAGUCUGUCCUCAUGAAAAAGGCUGCUUUACCUGUUGUCUUAACUGAAAUUGAAAUGUCUUACCUUUCAACAUACAAGUGUGAAUACAAGCACUUUUAUUUUUUUUCAAGAGAUAAUAGAAGGUUCUCUCCUUCAGAACUGUUUUCACACCAACCUAGGAGAAAAAGCAGAAAUCAUUAUUUUCCUCCUUAUCUUUGGGAUGUGACCUGCAGGAGACUGACUUCAGAACCGAUUAACACACUGCUGCACUGAACUACAGUCUCUUCUGACAUAGUCACAAGACAGUGUCCUUCUUUUGUUUACAUUUCUAAUGUAGGGAGGGCCAUACAGGAAGUUUUACUGUCACAUCUACACUCAGUAUUGCUUGUACAGUAUAUAUAUUUUUCUGUUAAUCGUGUAUUUUUAUCAUUUUGUUAUUGUAAAAUUUUAAAGACGUUAGAAUAAAGUUCUUAUUAUAGGGAA